UUUGUGUUCUGUGGUAGCAUCGUAAUGCCAUGGCUGUAUACCCUCUUCUUAUUUUACUUUCUCUAUGCGUUAAGUGAUCUAUCAAAACAUUUUAUAAUACCAGCCCUUAAACGGACAGACAAAGUAUCAAAAACACAAAUUUAAGUGAAAUGCGUUUCUUUAUUUCCUAAUUCUAAAUAACAAAAAUCUUUACGUUUAGCGGGACGCGUGUGUCGCAACAGUCUCUAACGAAGAUGUUAACCUAACUAUUUUCAAAAUCAAAACAGCCCCUAAAAAAAACGUUAAAUAACUUAGGAAUUUCAGAUUUUAUAACAAAAAUUAUGAGGGACGACUUCUUAAUGCACACAGAUGCCAUCGAUGCUUCCAAGAAGAAUUCAAACGAACCAAUUUACGUCAAAGACUUUUCCGAAUAUGGACAAAUCUUGCACAUCCACUUCUCCCCUUAUGAAUGGACCAAAGAUGUGAUGCUUUUGGCUUUUGAGGAGAAAAUACUAUUCGUACAUCUAUCUUUUGAGAAUUCUAUAAGUAUAAACAAAGUUUAUGAGUUUCCUCACCCGAGAUGUUCUGCACUAGCCAUUUCACCCAACUCUUCUUUAGCAGUAUUACCAAAUCAAGUCAUUUUCGCCACCGGAUCUUCCGACUUUAAACUUAGGGUUUAUGAGAGUGACUUGGAACAAAACACCCUUUGUAGGGAACUUUCAGGCCAUGUAAGUUACAUUAACGAUGUCACUUUUGAUCCAGAGAAUCUUUAUAUGGCAUCAGCAAGCGAUGAUAAUACAGUCAAACUCUGGUUUACUGAUGGGUUUAGGUUGAAGAGUACUUUUCAUUUGAAUUCCCCUGCAAUGGUUGUAUCUUGGCAUAGAGCCGAUUCUGGAAAAAUGUUGGUUGCAGAAAAGAUUGGAUUAAUAAAAUUCUACAACGUAGAUACAGAAACCCCAAUUCUAUCACUAGACUUUGCAAAGUCACUUUCUUCAGCCCACUGGGCCCCUUCCGACAGUCAAAUUUUGGGUACUUUACAACUUGGCGAGUUAUUGGUAUGGGAUUUAACAAAACCAUGCCUACCCCAACAAAGCACCAUCCUAUUUCCGGAAAACGGAGGAACAAUUAAAUUCUCUCCCCAGGGGGAGCUGGUGGCUGCGGUUAACAAUCUUGACGGUUCGCUUAAAGUGGUUCACACAGUGACUCAGCAUCAGAAAUUAAACGUGAGCCUUUCCUUGCCUAGUAACGUACAAUGGCAUUAUCAUUAUCCAAUUGUUUGUGUAGGAGAUGAUAUGAAACUUUGCUUUUGGAAAGUGAGCACUAAAUGAAUAGGUUUCAAUAAAUAUUGUUUAUAUUUUUUUUAAA